CCAUUUCUCCAAUAGCUUUCAUAUCUCUAUUUUUCCUUUUAUUUUAUCAAUUUUUAUUCACAAAAAUGGCUCCACAAAUCAGACAAUUACUAGUAUUAUUCCUUACUUCUUUUUCUUUAUUCUCACGUUACAAUGCUUUCAAGGAAGACCAAAAUCAUUAUUUUGAAGAAGAAAUGGGUGAUGCCUAUGAUCCACGAGCUUACCCUUGGUAUUACGGGAAGCUUGACGAUUCGAUGAUGGUGUCAAGCUUCCAACGGUACACCGUCGCUUCGGCUUUAACCGGAACUGUUGUUGAUGUCGAUGGUUUCGGUGCAACCGGUGAUAAGACUCAUGAUACCGAGGCAUUCGAGAAAGCUUGGACGAAAGCUUGCUCGUCUAAAGGUGCUGUUGUUCUACUUGUUCCUAAAGGGAAGAACUAUGUUCUUAAGCCUAUUAGAUUCUCAGGUCCCUGCAAGUCUAAUCUUACUAUACGGAUGUAUGGGAACAUAGUGGCAUCGGAUGAUAGAUCGGAUUACAAGAAAGAUAGCAGACACUGGCUUGUGUUUGAUAGAGUUGAUAAUUUGUUGGUCGAAGGUGGUGGAGGGAAGAUUAAUGGCAAUGGGAAGAUUUGGUGGCAAAAUUCAUGCAAAAUUAACAAAAAUCUCCCAUGCAAGGGUGCUCCAACGGCUCUCACCUUCUACAAGAGCAAGAACUUGGUAGUUCGGAACUUGAACAUUCAAAAUGCUCAACAAAUCCAUGUUUCUUUCGAAAGAUGCACCGACGUUCGAGCAUCCAGUUUCAAGAUAACAUCCCCGGAGGAAAGCCCGAACACCGAUGGGAUUCAUAUCACGAAUACGCAGAACAUCCAAGUCACAAGCUCCGUCAUAGGAACCGGUGAUGAUUGCGUAUCCAUUGUAAACGGAUCCAAUAAUGUGCAAGCUACCGACAUAACCUGCGGUCCGGGUCAUGGAAUUAGUAUUGGAAGCUUAGGAUCUAAAAAUUCAAAGGCCUUUGUCUCCGGUGUGACUGUUGAUGGAGCUAAACUUUCAGGGACAACAAAUGGAGUUAGGAUCAAGACAUGGCAGGGAGGGUCAGGAACAGCAAGCAACAUCAAAUUCCAAAACAUUGAGAUGAACAAUGUGAAGAACCCAAUCAUCAUAGACCAGAACUACUGUGAUCAAAGUAAACCAUGCAGUGAACAGAACUCAGCAGUUCAGGUUAAAGAUGUGGUGUACGAAAACAUCAAAGGGACCAGUUCUUCUGAAGUUGCAAUCAAAUUCGAUUGCAGCAAGAUUCAUCCCUGCCAAGGGAUUGUGCUUCAAAAUGUGAACUUGCAGUACCAAGACAAUGGAGCAGCCAAAGCUGUCUGCAACAAUGUCAAAUUGAAGGAAGGGGAUACUGUUCCAAAAUGCCCGUGAAGCCUUUACAUCUAAAAGUAUUUACAUACACAUACAAAUACACAUAUACGAAUACAUAUACGGAUACAGAUACGGAUA